AUGGGAAGCGUCCAGAUCCAGGACUUCGUGGCGGGCUUGGUGGGCGGAAUUGCCAGUGUGGUUGCGGGCCAUCCCCUGGACACGGUCAAGACUCGUUUGCAAGCUGGACAAGGAUAUGGAAAUACACUCAAGUGUAUUCUCACUGUGUACAGAAAUGAGUCUCUGGCUGGCUUCUUCAAGGGCAUGUCCUUCCCGCUGGCCAGCAUCGGCAUCUACAGCUCCGUGGUGUUCGGUGUCUUCAGCAGCACGCAGCGGUUCCUCGGGCAGCUCCACCACGGCGACCCCGCUGCCGCGCCGUCGCUCACCGACAUGACUCUGGCCAGCAUCGUGGCAGGGGUCAUCUCUGUGGGCAUUGGCACUCCCGUGGAACUGGUCAAGAUAAGGCUACAGAUGCAAACACAGCCCUACACCAAAGCAAACGCUAAACUAAAUUCCACAGUUCCUGGAUCUCCUGUGUACCGAGGCCCAAUUCACUGCUUAAGGACAAUCCUACAGAAAGAGGGGAUAGCAGGAGUGUACCGAGGCAAUGUAGCAAUGCUCCUGAGGGAUGUUCCCGGGUACUGCGCCUAUUUCAUCCCCUACGCAAUGUUCUGUGACUGGAUAACUCCUGACGGAAGCAUUUCUCCUAAUCCCUUCUCUAUCUGGGUGGCAGGGGGUGUAGCAGGAGCCGUUUCCUGGGCAGUAUGUACUCCAAUGGAUGUGGUGAAAAGUCGACUUCAGGCAGAUGGAGUUUAUUUAAACCAGUACAGAGGGAUCCUUGACUGCAUGUUGCAGAGCUACCAGAACGAGGGCUUAAAAGUCUUCUGUAGGGGCCUCAUGGUCAAUACUGUGCGAGGAUUCCCAUCGAGUGCUGCCAUGUUUCUUGGCUAUGAACUUUCUCUCAAAGCAAUGAAAAAAUGCCAAACUGACACCAGUCCCUAACUUCCAG